AUGUCAGAAUCGGAUUGCAAUAAUCCAGACACACUUUUAGAGAAAUUUGAAAGACACCUAGAGCCCAGAUCAAACCAUAGAAUUCAUAGGUACGAAUUCCAGGGCCUGAAACAAGACCCACAAGAAACGAUUGACAACUUCCUGUCCAGACUAAAGAAUGUUGCCGAGAAGUGCAAAUUCAAAGACAAGGACGAAAGGAUUGUUGAUCAACUUAUAUGGGGGUGUGCUCAUAAAGAAGUCCAGAAAUCCCUCAUUGGUAAGGACGCUCUCCAGUUGGCAGAAGCAGUAGACACUGCAAGAGCAUUCGAAGCCACUACCAAACAAAUGGCCUCACUCACUCUGCAAAGAAACACAACAGGCAGCAGUGUAGAUACUGUAUCUAAACGUAGGAUGAAACAUAUCCACAAACAGAGAACAUAUCAGUACUGUGGUACAGAUCAUGAGUUCAAUGACCGGAGGAAAUAUCCUGCAUUCGGUACACACUGCAAAGCAUGUGGAAAACCCAACCACUGGGGAAAAAUGUGCAGACUAGUAAAAUCUCAAAAAUAUAAGCCCCAAUUUUCAAAGUGGAGUGGUAAAAGAAGACAAAGAGAUGUACAUGCCCAACAUCUGCAAGAAAACACCUCAGAGGAGGAAUUCUUGGCAGUCGGCAUAAUAAAUGUACAUGAAAUGGGAAAUAACAACCAGAAAACAAAAUGA